AACAGGGGUUUACACCUUCAGCCGGGGGGAUGCGGAGGAGAUGCUGGUGGGUUUGACUCGCGACGAGGGCAGCUGCGGGAGAUGAUGGACUGAAAGGGGCUUGAGGAUGUUUGGGAGCUCGGAGUGGUCGGCAUUUUUAUUUUUUAUUUUUUUAUUUUAUAAGCGGAUUAUUCAGCCCAGACCCGAGGUGGGAGAACCGUGACAGUCAUCCUGCUCCUCUGACGGAUCUCUGGGAUGCAGUCAUAGUUUGAAGGGGAGGGAGGGACGAUCCGGGCAGGAUCCUGAUCUCCGGGGCUGCUGAGCUGGAUGCGGGAUGAUGAGAGAGCGCCGCACCCCGAGGAGAGUCCAGCUUUUGUGAUGCCCAAACCUGGAUUUUAACUGGACUGUGGCACACCGAGUAUCUGUUCUUUUUUUUCCCCCUUCCUGUCUGGGAUCUUAUGGAAGAGCUGAUGGAAUCAACUAACUGAGUUGCUGCUGCUCAUCUGGACAUUUCAACCCAAUAAAAACCUUUCAGCAUGGCAGAGAGAGCAGAGACGGGCUCGGUCAGCAUCCCAAUGGAAGAGCCUAAACUCCCAGUGGGAGCGCCCCAGGAGGCCCCACUCCUCACCCACCUUAAGAAGGUGGAGAACCACAUCACAGAGGCUCAGCGCUUCUGCCACCUCCCGCGCCGCUCUACGGUGGACCUGGAGUUCAACGAGCUCUCGUACACCAUCCGGGAGGGCUCCUGGUGGAAGAAAAGAGGUUAUAAAGCGCUCCUCAAGUGUCUGUCAGGACGAUUUUGCAGCAGAGAACUGAUCGGCAUCAUGGGCCCCUCUGGAGCCGGGAAAUCCACUUUGAUGAACAUUCUUGCAGGAUACAGGGAAACUGGCAUGAAGGGCACGAUUCUUGUUAACGGUCGGCCGCGGGAUCUGAGGACCUUCAGGAAGAUGUCCUGCUACAUCAUGCAGGACGACAUGCUCCUGCCACACCUGACUGCACGAGAGGCCAUGAUGGUUUCUGCCAACCUAAAACUGAAUGAGACCAUGCAGAUCAAAAAAGAACUUGUGGAUGAGAUCCUGACAGCUCUGGGUCUCCAGGAAUGCGCUCAGACCCGCACCAACUCUCUGUCCGGGGGUCAGUGUAAACGACUGGCCAUCGCCCUGGAGCUGGUCAAUAAUCCUCCGGUCAUGUUCUUCGAUGAGCCCACCAGCGGUCUGGACAGCGCGUCAUGCUUCCAGGUCGUUUCCCUCAUGAAGUCUCUGGCUCAGGGAGGACGGACAAUCAUCUGCACCAUUCAUCAGCCCAGUGCCAAGCUCUUUGAGAUGUUUGACAAGCUCUACAUCCUCAGUCAGGGUCAGUGCAUCUACAAGGGGACGGUCCCGUACCUCAUCCCUUACCUGAAGAACCUGGGCCUUCACUGUCCAACGUAUCACAACCCUGCUGAUUUCAUUAUUGAAGUAGCAUCAGGAGAAUAUGGAGACCUGAACCCGGUUCUGUUUGAGGCGGUCCAGGGUGGACUGUGCUCCGAGGAAGGAAAGAAGAACUCCAGAGACAAAAGCGACUCCUCCUGUCCUUCUCAGUGUUACCCUGACACAGGGACUCUGGAGAAGCACAGCUUUGCCACGAGCACAUUCACACAGUUCCGCAUCCUCUUCAAAAGAACCUUCAUCACAAUAUGCAGGGACACGGUGCUGACCCAUCUCAGGGUGAUGUCCCAUUUGUCUAUUGGAGUGCUUAUCGGCCUGCUUUAUUUGAAUAUUGGAAACGACGCUAGCAAGGUCUUCAACAACACGGGCUUCCUUUUCUUCUCCAUGCUGUUCCUUAUGUUCGCUGCCCUGAUGCCCACUGUGCUCACCUUUCCGCUGGAGAUGUCUGUGUUUGUGAGGGAACAUCUCAACUACUGGUACAGCCUUAAGGCCUACUACUUGGCCAAGACUAUGGCUGACGUACCGUUCCAGGUGAUGUGUCCGAUCAUGUACUGCAGCAUAGUAUACUGGAUGACUGAGCAGCCUGCAGAGGCCGGUCGCUACUUGCUCUUCAUGGCCUUGUCAACAUCCACAGCCCUGGUGGCCCAGUCGCUGGGCCUGCUAAUAGGAGCUGCAUCCACUUCUCUGCAGGUAGCAACCUUUGUUGGUCCAGUCACAGCCAUACCCGUCCUUCUCUUCUCUGGCUUUUUUGUCAACUUCGACACUAUUCCAAAAUACCUACAGUGGAGCUCCUAUGUCUCCUACGUCAGAUACGGCUUUGAGGGGGUGAUCCUCUCCAUCUACGGYAUGAACCGGUCGGAGCUAGAGUGUCCGGACACGAUGUGUAAAUUUCAGAAACCCGAGGAGGUCCUGCAGCUGCUGGACGUGGAGGAUGCCAAGCUUUACGUGGACUUCAUGGUGCUGGGGGUGUUUUUUCUCAUCCUCAGRCUGGCCACCUACCUGGUUUUGCGUUACAAAGUCAAGUCGGAGCGUUAAGACGUUUAGAGGGAACCGCUGAUGGAUUUGGAUGCCGAUGCAUAAUUUAGCAGCGUGAGAAAACACGUGGUUUCUCUCCUUCCUCCAUAUCCACUUCACACACACACAUCAGAAAGCUGUGCUGCAACUUCACCUAAACUGUAAWGUACCUGGACUGAUGAGGUUUGGGAUAAAAAAACAAAAAAGAGAGACAAACAUUGACCAAGAAAACAGAAAAUAAACUGUGCUAAGGGAACAUAUUUUAUAUCUGCACCCUACAAAGUAACUUAAAGCAUGUUUCAUUAAACCGGAGAAAUUUGAGUUUGACCUUUUGAGAAAGUCUAGAAGAAUGUCCUGAAUGCACGACGGUGCCGGAGUUAGCAACUUGUCUUAAACCAGUGCCUAUAAUGGUGAUCCAGUCGGGAGGUAAAAAGAAUCCUUUUCACUGAAAUCAGACCGGUACGGUUUCAGGAUGGAGAUCCUCGUAUCGCCAUCAGAAACGUGGAAACUUUUCACAAGACAAGAUCCAACCUUGAUGCGACCUAUGUCUCUCCUGUAGGAAGAUCUUUUCAGGUACUUGUACCACAAAGCGGACUUGUCUCCGUGGAACACGACCGAAACAAACCGACUGCCAUUGGAUAACUUUCAUUAAGGAUCAUCUUCACAGGCCUCCUGCUCAAACGUUUGGUGGUGGUCUGAAACCUUGACUGAGCUCAAACUGUCCUCACUUCCUUCUUAUUCUUUUUCUUGUUUUUUUUUUYCCAUAAACAGGAAGUGCACGGAGCGAGCUGUGAGCAAAAUGUGCAAGGGAAUUUCCAGCCUGAUGCAAGGGCCUGUUAUCAUCUCAGAGAGAAUGAUGUUUUAGAUAAAGUGCAAUAGCUUAUUCUGCAGAUUAUAAAAUGAAAAAAAAAGAUGUUUGUCUAAUCUGUGUCACUGUUUUGACACUUUUAUUCUUUAAAAMGCUUGUUUCCACUGUCAGCGGCCUCCUUUCUGUCCUGAGCUACUUCAAAUUAUACCUCCUGUUUCCCCUUUUUCCUCGACUUUCGCUCUGCUUUGCUGAUGUCUGACAGAUGUGUGUCGUCAAAAAACAAUGCUAGAUACUUGAAAUGCUGGCUGAGCGUUUAUUUUGGGUUUGUUUUCUGGUGCCUCUGAACUAGRAUGAUUUGAGUUUUUACUCUGCUUUAUCGUUCGGUCAUACCUACCUGGUUGUCUCCCUCGCAGACAUGUGACACACACRAUCAGAAACCAUCAUUGCAAUGUUUAGAAGAGCCUCUCCUAGUCACACAGCAAUGCAAAUAUUUUCCAAAAGACUUGCUAUGAAGUAUUUCUUACUCAAACUAUGCUACUUAGUAAUCCUUAUUAUAUAAUGCAUAAAAUAAUGUGAGCAUAUAAUCAAUUAUUGUACAGUGAAUAUGUCAUGCUGUAAACAAAUGUAUAUUUGCACUUUUCAGUGUAUGUUUAUUCAUUUUUUAAUUAUUAUUUAUUUGUAUUUUAGUUUAUUUUUAUAUAGCCGAGACAAGUGCUGCUUGAAAAAAAAAACUAUUGUCGAAAAGGCUCCUGAACGUUGGAGGACCACUGAAGGUAUUGAAUUUAAAAAAUAAUAAUAACAACUUAAAGCUCAGAUUUCAUUUCCUCAUCCAAAAUGUCUUAAUGUAAAGUGGUUGAAGAAAUGCAAAUCCUUUGCUUUUUCUGACGAGCGUUUCUUUUCUUUUUUUUUAAUGGACUGUCUGGAAUAAAACGUGCAUCACAGAGAUUAAUUAAAAUAAUAAUAAUAAUAAUAGUAAAAAAGAAAAAAGGGGAGAGAAUUAGUAGUGAUUAAAUAAAGUUAAAGAUAAAUGUGUGAACCGUGUCAGAGUGAGUUAAAAAAAAGAACCAAAUGUCUCAAUAUGUAGCUGAAUAGAGAGAAGGAUGCAGCUGCAGGUCGGUUUCCAGUCACAACAGCAAUAGUUUAACAUUUAUUUUAGAGUGAUACCUCCCCCUGCUGUUGCUUCAGUCACUUUAGAAGUCUUCUCUUCCUGUUGGUUUGAUUACGUGCAAUAACCAUCCAAAGGUAUUUUUUAAAAUAUGUGAAAAGGGAACUUUUUUGAGUGUUUUUGUUGCUUAUGUUUCAUGACAUUGGUUAACUUUGUUUAUUUAUUUACUUAUUUCAAUUGGAUAUUAGAUGACUUGAGAUUGCUGGGAAGGUGGUUUAUCUAUUGUAAUGUCAGGAGUUGUCAAAAUAAUUGGUAACAGAAAAUCCUGUCACAGCAGGAACGUUAUUUGAUCUUCCCAAGAUUCGAUCAAAAUAAUGGGAAAGGGCUUGAAAAAGUGGGAAAAAAAGGCAAUUUGUACAAGAAAAAGAGGAAAUAAUUCCCAGAAGUCAUUAAAGGGUUAUAAAAUAUCUUAAUAGUUUCAAUAGAAAUGAAGGAUGGGUUCAAACAUUAUGAAGUGGGGAUUUGUGAAAAGAUUAUAAACAAAGAAUAUCUUAAAUGUUGCAGAUGGCUGUUUGAACGACCUCAGUUUAUUUUUCRAUCAGGACUGAUGAGCUAACAKCUAGUCCGAAUGGCGCUAAAGUGGAUUGUCUUAAAAUGAAGUCCAGUCUCAAACUUUACAUUGUAGUUCAUGUGAAUGCUUUUUUGUACACAUUAUUUGCAUUAUUUAAGUGUUUACAUAGAUUUCUGUGAUCAUUUGCGAGCACAAACCGCAACAGCGGCAGCUAGCUGUGGCAUUUCCUGUGCAGCCUGGAGCACACCUGGCAGGAUUUUUUUAUUUUAUUUUUUUGUGUUGAAAUAACCGUGUAAUGUGAAAUUUGCUAGUGAUGUAAAUGUUUGCAAAAUAGCAUUUGCAUAAAACACAAUCAAUUCUCCAACUGGAGUUUCAAAGAACAAUCCACAACAGAUACGAUGUUAUUGUUCAUAAACCUUUUACAGAAUCCCACUUUGAAAUGUUCAAAUUAUCCCUUUAAAAUGUGACGUAUGACCAUCUGCUCUUGUCUGAUCAUUUUGUAACCAAUCAUGGUUCUUGUUAAGCAUUGUUUUGCUUUGGCAAAAAACUGAAUUGUUUUCAGUUUUUGGAGUUGAUGCAGCUGAUAACCUCAAUUUUUUGUUUGUUUUUUAAGUCUUUAUGACUCUUUUAAUUAUUCACUUUUUCAUAUGUUUUUAUAAUAAUCCACCAGACUGAACUGCACUCUAUCAUGCAUGGUAAAUAAUAAUAUUCAGGCUGUUUCCUGAAGAAAGCUUUGACAAAUAGCAAUGCAAAUGAGAGAUUUUUGUUCAGUUUAAUUUCCUUUUAAUUUCGCUCUUAUAUMAUUUCUGAUUUACAUUAUGAUUAGUCAACAAAUUCAAGUUCUGUAUACUGAAUGCUGUUCCAAGGAUUAUAAUAAAGAGAAUUUAUAACCUUU